GGCACGGUGAGGACUGUGGAAAAAGACCAUGCCAACGGAGGCAGAAGAGGGAUGUCUGUCUGUGUGUGUCCAUGUCUCUCCUCCGUUGCCGGACUCACUCCCACGAACAUCAUCAAUGUUCCGCCUGCUGUUCUACCUCUGGAUUUAAGUCGGCUGGAUUAUCGCUCUGUCGCUCGCCACAUUAUUCCAUGCUGCCAUAUUUAAAUGGGAGGCAAAGUUGGACCAUGGACUACACAAGCGGUGACAAACAGUUUGAUGUGUUUUGCAUUCUGAAGUGGUUCCUAGAAACCAAGAUGACUUACCUUUUCCUCAGUAAAACUGUUUUUAUAUGUAAAAUUAUCUGAGCUCUUUUGCUGUGAACUGCUGUAUUUAAAGUAAUAACCUUUUGCUAUUUUAGAAUUUGAACUUGAGAGACAUUCCUCUGUGAAGGAUGAGUGGCGAGGCAGGAUAGAGGAACCUUGUCACCAUUUUAACCUUGGUCUUCCUGUCAGUUUUACGUGAUGAAAAUGUGACUGGCACUUUUUUGUGUGCUCCUUGUGUGUCAGAUUUAUAUUUUUUUGUGUCAGAGUGGAGAGUUUUUUUCCGGACUACUGGUGAACUUCCUUGUCCUUCCAUCUCUAAGGGAACCCUCGAACAAAACUCUUACUGGCUAACCCACUUACACACUCCUUCUCCCCAGUGGGAGCUCCACUAAAACCACCGUCUUGCUCUAGUUGUUGAAAAAAGCAAACGGCAGACCAGCAGAGGGGGUAGAGGGAAGGAAGGCACCCCCCUCCCAAAGUUGAGAGGGGGGGAAGAUGGCAGCUCUCGCCAGCUCUCUCAUCAGACAGAAACGGGCAGUCAAGGACGACCAGACCAAUCGACCAGUCGCCAACAAACGCAAGCCCUGUCCGAAAAGCAACAAGUCCUUAUGCCAGAAGCAGAUCCUGGUCUUGAUCUCCAAAGUACGGCUGUGUGGCGGUCGGAAAAGUCGCAAUGACAAAAGACCCGAACCACAGCUGAAGGGCAUCGUCACACGACUUUACAGCCAACAUGGCUACUACCUGCAGAUGCAACCUGACGGCACCAUGGACAGCACCAGGGACGAAAGCAGCUCCUUCUCACAGUUCAACUUAAUUCCUGUGGGACUGCGGAUUGUUGCGAUCCAGGGUGCAAAGACGGGCCUGUAUCUCGCCAUGAAUAGCGAUGGGUACCUCUACACCUCUGAGAAUUUUACUCCCGAGUGCCGAUUCAAGGAGAGUGUGUUCGAGAACUACUACGUGACGUACUCCUCCAUGCUCUACCGCCAGACCCAGUCUGGCCGCUCCUGGUACAUCGGCAUCAAUCGUGACGGCCAGGUUAUGAAGGGCAACCGGGUGAAGAAAACCAAGGGAGCUGCGCACUUCUUACCGAAGGUUAUCGAAGUUGCAAUGUACAAGGAGCCAUCACUUCACGAGCUCGCCAGUGAGCCAGUGAGUCCGCCUCGGAAGACAGUCAAGACGUCAGACUCGCCAUCCUUAAAGCAUGGACCGAAAGAUGCUCCCAAAGCAGACGCCUCAUAGCACAGGAUAUUGAGGGUGGGACGCUGGGCUGGCACCAAUGAAAAUGGGAAGACUGGCACCCAUUACGCACCGAGCGUGACUGAAGACGGCUCUCCCGCUCCGAUAGUGCACUACAAGAGUGGCUGCAGUAUAUACAAUCAGCAGUCCAGCACCAGACGAGACGCAAGAGGAGUCCCCCCUCAAGUGAAGAACAGCCCAGAACUGCAGCUCCGACUACAACCUCCUCCCUUCCUCUGUUCGCCUCCUCCCCUGCCCCCUAUGAUUUCCUGAUGCAGUCUCCUUCAUGUCUCCGUCAGACUCAGGCUGCUUGGUCCCUGUGAUACUUUUAUUUUUUUCUCUCAAACGGCCACCUAGUUUGUACAGUAUUUUCAAAAGAUGCCGGUCCAGCACUGACUCGGCAUCACAAUCGUCACCCAUGGGUCGCCUCUUGAGCCCUGCAGUGAGUGACAGCGUGGUUUCCCACCCAUCUGUUAUCCAGCCCAGCUAAUCACCAAGGUCAGCGAAAGCUCACUGAGAGAUGAAACGGAUCGGAGAGUGAAGACAUCAGCUGGAUUCCUGGGUCAGGUCGGGUCAGAGUCGCGUGGCCACAAGGCUCUGAACCAAAAGAGAAAAAAAGGUUAAAUGGGCAUCUCAUUAUAUUGUUUGUUCGGCAUUUUUCCGUUUCAACGUGGGCACUAAUAUUUGUUUUAUAUAUUAUAUAUAUAUAUUUUCCCUUGAGAUUCACAGUCAAAUAAGUCGUAGAACCAAGAAUGUUGAAGGGGCUUGAGCAGAGCUCAUGCGGCCACGACAAACGUUUCCUUGGCAGUGGCUUAUUAAAAGCAGCAAAUGAACAAGUGGGUCAUACUCUGAACCCAUCAUGGAUGUGGGCUCAGUCACCUGAAAAAUGCAGUGGUGUGUACUUCACUCAGCAUCUGCUGUCAGCAUAAAGACUGGUUUGAAGGCAAAACAUCAAAGGCGGUGGAGCCUCAGAGCUGCGGCACUUGUUAUUCUGAGAAUGUCUGGCAGCUUAUCCACUCACUAGCUUUAUCAAAUCACCUUGGAAGAAUCGCCCUCAGGACUGUAGAUGUUUGACUGGGACUGUACUGGGGGAGUCAACUGCGCCCAGGAAUGCUUUUAGGUAUGUCGAGUGGUAAAAACAGAUGACUUCUGGCAAACGCCAUUCACUCCUUUGGUUGGAAAAAAGUACAUUUUUUUAUUUUUAUUUUUUUCUCUCGAGAUCAAGGUGAACAAAAAUAGAAAUCUAAAAUCUAUGGUGAUGCUGAGACAUGUUCUCCUUCAGCUGUAAGUAGCAUCAGAGGCAUGAGCUUGUGAUAAAAAUGUAAAAAGAAAUUAGUUUAAUGAUGUAGUGAUUUAAUAUUAUGGGUCAGAAAUAUAUUGAAGUUGAUAGCCCGAAAGGUGGUCAAGGAAAACGUCUACUUAUUUUGACAAUAAUUCCUCUAAACCUGCUCUGAUGUCCAGAAGAAGUCCAGAUGUUAAAUCUGAGCAAUAUUUUAGCAUUUAUUUUAAGGGUAUCCACCAUAUUUCACUCAAAAUCCUCAGUGACGUACAGAGUGUACUGCACCAGGCAAAAAGUGGAGCACACAAAGAUGGCUAACAAAAGCAAGACUGUUGUGCGUGCGUGCAAUUUUUAAGUGCAUCUAAAAUUAAAUCAAAGUCAGAUAGUCCAUUCAAUUCCGUACAAUGCGGCCAAUAGUUUCUGCAACUUUCCAAGGACUUGAACAGAAAAGGCUGCAGCGUGAGGUGCGCAAUACAUGCAUGGUGUAUUUUAGCAAGUCUGAAUUUGUGUCAGCACACACAUCGAGGCAGUUAUUUAGAAAGAGUGCUGGAUUAGCAGCUGGGUUCUCCAGGAAUGUAGAUAAGGAAAGUCCCCGGUGAAGUCUGCAGGGUUAUGCUGCACAAGAGCGUGUUGAUGAAUGUAUGACAAUGAGGGCAGGUAAAGUAUGGACUGUUUUCGACAAGUGUGUGUGUUGGUGGGGUGAAGCUUAUUUUUCUUCCCUUUUCACGUCAUGGCAAAACUAGGGUAUUGCUGUUUGGGAUGUCUUCUUCAAGAAGCUGCUUGUGCAUUAUGCACUAACAAAUCUCUACUUUUGACAAGCUAACAUUUUUUUUUUGUGGAGAACAUACUCACAGGAUUUUGACUGUGCUUUUCUUACAGCUUUAUAAUAUCAGAAUAUGUGCUCAGCAGGUGAUCCACUGGAAUUUAAUCUUAUUUUGACUGUCAAAACUCAUGUCACAUACAGUUUUCAAGAAGAGAAUUGCCAGGAAAAUCUUCCAACUGCAGUUGAAUAGAGGCAAACUUGUGACAGCCAGGGAUUGCAGCGUCCCAAAAUACUGACAACUGGUGAAAGUAUGCUGUUUUGUCAGAUUUAAAAGAGGUUUAUUUCGCCAUAGAAUUAUUAAAGGAAGGAGGGUUUUUCAGGACAAUCGAAUGCAGCAAUAAAAAGUCGUCUUCAAACAUAUAUAUUUUAUUGUCAACCAAGUCAGAAAUAUUUUAAGAAAGACUAUGUAAUGUCGAGGAAGGCCACAGCAAGUUGUCAGGCGGUGACACAGGACAGGAAUGUAGAAUGUUGAUAUGUCCAUAUUGGAUGAGAAAAAAAUGGAUCAAAGCAAAUGAAGAGACAAGUAUCAGCAAUGUCAGCAUGGAAGCAAACGCAGUUGAGCUCGUGGAUGAAGUUGGUUCACAGUCAAGAACUGGUGUCAAGUGUCACAAACAAACAUCGAGGGGGUGACAUGGAAAUUCAUACUCAUAAUUUCUGUUUUGGUGCUGACACACAAAUGUCCUAUAGUGAUUUUCAUUUCUAAAUAAAGCUCUAUCUCACAAGCCACCAGCAUUUACAGCUGUUGAGUCUUGGUUGAAAGGCGGAAGUGCGUCCUAUUCUCUGUGUUUUAUGCCCUGUUAUUGUGUGCAAGAUUAAGAGUAAAGAAGGACAAGACAGAGAGGGAAGGAGAAAACCAAAGGGCAUCGCACUGAAACAAUGAUCGAUAGGCUCAAUAAACCACAAACAAGUGAGCAACCAGCCAGCGAUGGGUGCAGAAAUUUCCCCAAGGUCUGCCAGAGACAGAAAAAUCUAUUUGUUUAUAAUGAACUCAGAGGGAUGCUGCUGUAGACUCAAAGAGGAGUCAAGUCUAAUGACAAGAGUGGUUCAGAUUUAGCGGUUAGGCCCCAAGACAUUUGGUUCAUAGGAAGGUGAUCAGGGCAGAUCAUGGUUUUACAGGAGUUCAGUCCAUUUAAACAAACCUGUCAGCUCACACAUCUAUAGUAUAUAUGUAAUAAUAUAAUAUAAUUUGUGUUAAGCGUUUAAAGUAAAUAUUGGUAAAUUUGGUUUUUAUCAUGUUGGAAGUCGAUGGAAUUAUGGGGAUAUGAGAAUUCAGAAGGAUGCAAUGAAUUCAAAAGAACGUCGACUGACUUACAUCGCAGGUGAAAAACUCAUUAUUGACAUAGGCUGUUCAAAAUGUAAAUAAUAUUUGACGGUACAUGGCAAUGUAAUUGGCUGCUCUACAAAUGACUGGUGAAAUGAAUUCCCUUUCCAUCAGUCCUUUAAUAUGGAAUCAUGCCUCACAAACAGAAAGAGUAAUGUCUCAAAUACGAAGGAAAUGUGUCAACUUCAUGCAUUUGAGUUGUGUCACUGCUACUGCUGACUGUAGCCAUUAAUGUAUCCUUGCAGCCACUGCUACGUAUUCAUUCAUUAAUGCAUAGAACGCCCUCAAAAACCACCCUUCACAUCCAAAUCUCCCAUAAUUCCACCCUUGUCUUGGUGGUUGGCCAGAACAAGAAUACCUGGGAUGAAAGAGAAACUUUUAUAAAGACUCUUUGCUCCAGUAUUAUUGUUUUUCAUGCAGAUGUUUUGGUUAUGUUGACAAAGAAAUCGAAGGAAUGUUUAUCUCUUUAAAGACAAAACAGGUGCACACUCUUUUUUUAACAUAUAUUUUUAACUGUAUAUAAACGCUAAGUAAGCUCAGUGGUAACACACGAUGACGGUUCAGCAACUCAACUUUAAUGUUCAUCUUUUUGUUUCAAAGGGCUAUCAGUAGAUCCUUCAAGCUAAGGCUCUGGGUUGUGACUGUUGGAUGGAAAUUAGAAGCAAAACAUGUAUAACUGGCUCCCUCUAAUGGAAGAAUCUGGAAAAAUGCACAGAAGUUGCAUUAUUUUUCUGUCACUACUUGUUAUAAUGUCACCAUGAAUCCUUGUCUAUGCUUGAAAUGCAACAGCUUUGUGCUUCACGGUCGUGUUAUGAUGAAUGAAAAGUGAAUCACUAAAAUACAUUUGACACAGGCGGAGAAAUAUUUGAAACUACAGAGCUGCGGAGGCUUCCAUUCCUUCACCGCCAAGUCAGCAACUGGGCGGCGUGUGGACGGCGAACAGUUCAGGGAAGCUAAUGGAUUACUCAUUUGUCCUGACAGUAACACAACAGUAUUGUGUUUUGUAUUUUCUUCCUUGUAAUUAAAUGCCCAUUUUUCUAAAGACAGAAACGUCUGAAGAAGAGGCAAAAUAGCCUGUUUGUAUUUUUAGCCGAGCGAGUGUGUCCUUGAGGUGAACCUCACCCAAACUGGCGGUGUGUGGCUGGGUUGUGUAUCUGUGGGAGAGGAAAUGUAUUCAUCGAUGAGAUCAUGUUUUUCUUUUUCUUUUUCUAAAGCCAACAUGUGUCCUGUUAUACCAAACAAAGACCUUGGUGGGAUGCGGUCAAACAAGUCUUCCAGAAAGCUGCUUUCUAAUAAUACUCUCGGCUUGGCUGUUUGUCGAGCCGAUCUCCAAGUCUUCCGAAUGACUGAUGGUUGAUAAAAAUUGAAAUAAGAAAAGCCAUACACAGGGAUCGGCCUUUGCACUGGUGAGGAGGCUCGAGUCCCAAGGCACAGGGACAAAAGAAACAUGUUGGACUCCUUGCAAUAUAUAUAGAUAGAUUUAUUUUUCUUUUACAUCUCCAGGAAAUAGCAAUGCAGGAAUAAAAACCAGCAAUAUGCAAAGAGAACAAUACCACAUCUUGCACAUGGAGGAAGAAUGAAUCCAGCUGGUGAUGGCAACAUUCAGGAUCAGCAGGCUACAACAGCAAUCAGUAGCCUGCCACAUAAACUGUUAAAUGUCUGGAAUGAGGAUGUUUUCUUUUGUUUGUUUGUUCUGCAAAGCAUGCGCAUCACAGCUGUCGGGCUCCAUUGAUGACUCCCCCUCAGUAUAGCGACGCACACCAGCCCGGAAUUCAUCGCCCACUUUACCCAGAUUUGCAUCAGACCUGUGUACAUUUCAAUAUAUCUCCGGUGUGGACGGAAAGGAGCUGUCUU